GAAAGAGCCGUCCUGUGCCGGGAAGGCGGCCGGAGCUUGAGCCGGAGCUCCGAGCUGGUGGUCCCUGAGCAGCCUCCCAGCAGGGAGAAGCCCUUCAGGUGCUUGGAAUGUGGGAAGAGCUUCAGCCGGAGCUCCACCCUCCUCAGCCACCAGCUCAUCCACACUGGGGAUCGGCCCUACACAUGUAGGGAAUGUGGGAAGAGCUUCAGGAGCAACUCCAGCCUUCUCAGGCACCAGCACAUCCACACUGGAGAACGACCUUACACAUGUGGGGCAUGUGGGAAGAGCUUCAGGGACAGCUCCACCCUGAUCAAACACCAGCGCAUCCACACUGGGGAACGGCCCUACACAUGUGGGGAAUGUGGGAAGAGCUUCACUGGUAGAUCCGACCUGAUCAAACACCAGCGCAUCCACACUGGGGAACAGCCCUACACGUGUGGGGAAUGUGGGAAGAGCUUCAGUGACAGCUCCACCCUCCGCAAACACCAGCUCAUCCACACUGGGAAACGGCCGUACAAGUGUGGGGAAUGUGGGAAGAGGUUUCGUAGCAGCGGGAAUCUCCUCCUGCAUGAGCGGAUACACACAGAGGAGAGGCCCUUCCGCUGCACCGACUGCGGGAAGGGCUUCAACCAGAACUCCAACCUCAUCACCCACCGGCGCAUCCACACCGGGGAGAGGCCCUACAAGUGUGGGGAGUGUGGGAAGAGCUUCAGUCGGAGCUCCCACUUGACCAGACACCAGCGGACCCACCGGUAAGGGAAAACCCUACGAAUGCCCCGACUGUGGGAAGAGCUUCGGCCACUGCUCCCACCCCGAAUGACCCCCCUGAUGGUGAGGCAACCCCUGGAGUCC